AUUUAUAAUAAAAAUGGGUACUGGGAGUUCUAGAUAUACGGACCAGAGGACCAUAAGUAUUAGCCCGAGUAACGAAUCAGCGCGAACAGUUUUUCCGAAGAAUCGUAUCGUGUCGAAAAAGUACACGAUUUGGAAUUUCAUACCGAAGAAUCUUUUCGAACAGUUCAGACGGAUCGCGAAUAUUUAUUUCCUUAUAUCGGCGUUCAUAGCAACCUUAAUAACGUCACCUGUCUCGCCCUGGACCAGUAUCCUACCACUGGGCUUCGUUGUCUUUGUCACAGCGUGCAAACAGGGAUACGAAGAUUAUCUUCGGUAUGUGGAAGAUAAACACAUCAAUCGGAAAUAUGUGACCGUUGUCCGCAACAAAUGUAUGCAGACAAUUCACUGUGAACAAAUAAGAGUGGGUGACCUGGUGAAAGUAUCUCGAGACGAAGAUGUACCCUGCGAUCUCUUGUUUCUUUUCAGUACCGAUGAUUCGAAACGUUGCUACGUUACCACUGCCAAUCUCGAUGGCGAAACCAAUUUAAAGACGUUGAUAGUUCCAAAGAUGCUCAUGCACAUGACUGCACCGCAAAUAGUAUCGAUGGAGGCCACUAUCACUUGCCAACAUCCUUCGUCCGAUCUCUAUGGUUUCCAUGGGAAACUCGAAAUUACGAAUGCCGUUGGGGACGUCAGUGGACACCUAACGAUAGACAAUCUGUUGCUUCGAGGUACCAGAUUGAAAGAUACAGAACACAUUAUUGGAUGUGCAGUUUACACCGGCCAGGACACCAAAUUGUCUUUGAAUUCGAAGAAGAGAAGCAACAAAUUCUCUACCACAGAAAAAUCGAUUAACAAGUACAUCGUUGUGUAUAUGAUAUUGUUACUAGUCGAAGUAAUACAGUCUUGUAUGGCGAAAAUUAUAUUAAACGCAACUAUAAAAUGGAAAUCGUACAUCGGCGUUCAAGAAUCUGUUUCCAUUCCUUCGAUGAUCAAUGAUUUCUUUAGCUUCGCAGUUUUGUACAAUUACAUUGUACCCAUAUCGUUAUACGUCACCAUAGAAUUACAAAAAUUCCUCGGUUCGUUUUUCUUCGUCUGGGACAUCGACAUGUACGACGAAAGCACAAAUCAGCCGCCUUUAACCAACACGUCGGACUUGAACGAAGAGCUGGGUCAGGUCGAGUUCUUGUUCGCGGACAAGACAGGCACGCUCACCGAAAACCUGAUGGUGUUUAAGCGUUGCUCCAUUAACGGAAAAACGUACAUGGAGAAAGACUGCAACGGUUGCCUGUAUUCGUUACCUCCCAGCGGGGACGAAAGGGAAGCUGUCGAGUUGACAAACUGGGAGCCGGAAAUAUGGCAUUUUAUGAUAAGCAUUUCUCUGUGCCAUACCGUUCAAAUCUCUCCUCCGAGCCUGAUGCCCAGCGUUAUCGCGAACCGCAUCGAGUAUCGUGCCAGCUUUCGGCAAAAGAAGAUCACACGAGUGAACAGUUCCUUGUUGAUGCAUCCGGAUCUACCGGAAUACCAGGCAGCAUCGGCUGACGAGAAAGCUUUGGUAGAGGCCAGCGCCAGAUGCGGAGUUGUUUUCCACAAUUACACCAACGACACGAUCGAACUUAAGGUCAAUGACAGCUUGAUGAUGUUCGAGAAGAUGGACGUUUUAGAGUUCACUUCUGAACGUAAGAGGAUGUCGGUGAUAGUCAAAGACAACGCUGGUGUUCACUGGUUGUAUUGCAAAGGGGCAGAUUCGGCUAUAUUACCGCUGAUAGUCUCCGGAAAAGUCAAUGAAACCAUCGCCCAUGUAGCUGACUUCUCUAUGAGAGGUUUACGAACGCUGGUUGUAGCGUACAAGAAGAUGAAUCAAAGUGAAUACGAGAAAUUGAUACGAAAAGUAGAACAGGCCAGGCAAGUAAUUGGCAUUGAGCGAGCAUCGUACAUGGAAAGAGCUUACAAUCAGAUGGAAAGUGGACUCACUUUGCUAGGUGUAACCGCGGUCGAAGACCGUCUACAGGAGGACGUGCAAGACACGCUCGAAUGCUUACGAGCCGCUGGCAUUAAAAUAUGGAUAUUGACUGGGGACAAAGCGGAAACCGCGGAAAAUAUAGCCUUCCUUUGUGGUCAAUUCAAAGAGGGUACAGAAAUACUGAGAAUGUUGGAAAUAACUACACAACAAACCUGUAUCCAACGUAUUGCAUAUUUUGAACGGCGAAUAAAACUUGAACCUCACAAACAGUAUGGACUAUUGGUUGAUGGGAGUAGCAUAGCAAUAGCAUUGAACAAUUGUCCGGAAGAAUUUAAAUCGGUUGGAAUCGCCUGUGAAGCGGUAGUUUGUUGCAGGCUGACGCCUUUGCAAAAAAGCGAGAUUGUAAGUUUGAUCAAGAGUGCACACACUCGACCACACACUGCUGCUAUUGGUGACGGGGGUAACGACAUCGCGAUGAUACAAGAAGCGCACGUAGGAAUCGGAAUAAUGGGUAAAGAGGGUCGCCAAGCAACCAUGAGCUCCGAUUUCGCGUUCGCCAAAUUUAAAUUUUUGAAAAAGGCACUGCUGGUACACGGACACUGGUUCUACGUGCGGAUUAGCACUUUGACGUUGUACUUCUUUUAUAAGAACAUUUUGUUCAUAACGCCACAAUUACUGUUUGGACUGCACAGCGGUUUUUCUGCGCAGGCAUUUUACGACGGUAUGUUUUUAAUGCUUUUCAAUGUAAUAUUUACAUCUCUACCAGUAAUAGUGUACGGGUUGUUGGAGCAGGAUUACACAUCUGAUAAAUUGUUACGGUUUCCCCAUCUAUAUAAAAUGUACAGAAAUAAUUAUUUAUUGAAGGGUACACAGUUCCUACAGUGGAGCGCUCUAGGGUUCUGGCACGCCGCUGCGAUAUAUUUUAUGACGGAAUAUUUCAUAUUCAUUAAUCCUGUUAGUUUGUAUAAUAAUACACCAGUAGAUCAGUGGACAUUCAGUACGUUUGUUUUUCACGUAGUUACAUUGGUGGCUAAUGUACAGAUACUACUACACAGUUCGUCUUGGACAUUGCCGUUCGUGUUAGCAGUAGUAUUUUCCGAGAUGGCGUUUUUUGUAUUCGUUAUCUGCUACUCCUUUGUACACGUAAGGUACGACGGUGACAUGCUCGCUGUCUUCCCUAAAAUAUUAUCAUCGAUAUCUUUUUGGCUGCUGGCUAUAGUCAUUGUUAUCGUUUGCCUAACUCCAGACUAUUUACUUCUGGCAUACAGUAGAUACAUGCCUGCGCGUAUAAUGAGGAAAAACGAGGAGCAGCCGCAAUAUAUUAUCAGUAACGGAAACGACGGAGAGAACCAGCCAUUAGAUAGAAGGGUAACAAUUAUACUACGUUACGCAUAUUGA